AUGUACAUCCACAACGAAACAGGAUGUGUCCACGUGAGCAUCCAGAAGGGAGACUUCUGUAUCGCUUCACGAAAGGGACUAGAGAUCACCAUCACUCCAGCGGUUGCUCUCACCACCGACUUCUUCGAGCUCUGUGGGUACACCUGCACCGUGGAAGAGACCCAGAAGAACACAGUGCUACUCUUGAAAGACGAGAAGCAGUACGGAGGCGAUUUCACCAGUUGUCUGGACUCGAAAUGGAUGCGUGAGCACGUGAUUGUGGCCCACACCAUGGAGGUGACAUUGUUCUGCGAGGAUGAUCUAGAUUCAGACAAGGCCAACUAUCUUCUUUGCUCGAUGAUUUCUUCUCUGCGCAAGACACAUCCUCUAAUCUUCUGUCCCGUGCAACGGAGUCUCCUUAACGGUCUGGAGGUCCACUGCAAGAACAUCUCCGAGAGCUGUCAAUUGCUGGAUAUCAAUGCCAGUACGGAGGAUGUAUGGUUCGGGGUACUUUCCAGACAGCAUCAGCUGCUCCUGGGACUGAGUGACAAGGCCUGGCUAGGCCGAUCUGUUGAGGGAGUCUACAUCUCAUCUACAUUUCGCUUUCUGAAAGACGACUCUGAUUUGACACAAGACGAAUCAUUUGAGAUGACUGACUACGAUGCCUAUUACGGUUCCGAAACUCAGAAAAACCACGAAGAUGUCCUCCAGAUGUGGUCAGACCGCAUGUCUCAGCUCACCAUUUCCAACACCUCAACUACAGAUAUCAUAUCCAACAACUCACCUACAGAUAUCCUCUCGGAUGCCUCCAACGAGUCCAUGACGUUGCUGGAGGAGUGGGAUGAGGGCAAAAGUCUCGAGAGUACAGAUAGCUUGAUUGUCGAGCAAACGUUUGAUACCACCGUGGAUGAUAUUUUCGAGGAUGACAGCUGUGGCUAG